AUGUUCAAUCAUCGCGAAGCUAGAAACAAGUUAGCAGAAUUGAAACAACGAACAACAGUGGCCAAACUUUUCGAAGACCUACAAGAAAUAUGUAUGCACAUUCCUGAAAUCACCGAGGACGAAAAAAUGGAUAAGGCUAUUCGAGCGUUGCAACCCCACAUUUGUGAACACGUCUUGGCUUGUGAACCUACGACAAUGCAAGAGGUACAAAGAUUAGCUUUGGCAAAGGAUGGAGCCCGUGCGAGCAUCAACUCUAGACUUUCCUUACCUCGAGCUCAAUUGGACAGACGAUUGGAUCUGGAAAGUCUUCGUUUACAGGAUGGUUAUCAUCGGUUGAAAUGA